GUCAGUGUAUUGUUGAAAACGGGAGGGUCGGGCUGCAUUCCGCAGAAGCUGCAGAAGUCGUCCCAUCACUGAGAAACUUGCCCGCAAAGUUUCGUUGGGAUUGAUUCGUUUUAUGAGCGCUGAAGGUGAGACUGUCCUCGCGAGCGAAUGGAGAAGCACAAAGUGCUGGACCAGCUCCUGAUGGAGCUCCACCGAUUCUUGCUCAUCUUGGACAAGGAAAUGCUGAGUGGGAACGCUACCGUCCAGAAGGGUUUGCUGUCUGAUCUCCUCCAGUCCUACAGGGUUUCAACUGGUGCUGACGAGGAGUAUAUCUACAUGAACAAAGUUCCUGUUACUGGAAAAGAGAAGGAUGGCAAAGAUGACAAAUCAGAUGCCCUGGUCAAUGGAAAAGCAGCAAAGCGUGUCCCCGUCCCACAGAAGAACCUUCCUGAUCUGCCACCCCCCAGAACAGGUGUGGUGGGUCGGGAGCCAUUCUCGUUCCCUCCAGUUCCAACUCCAGCCUGUAUAGACUCUUCAGAGAGUUACUAUGAGGAGGCUCAACCCUAUGAGGAAACUGUCAAUGAUGAUGGCGAGGCGGUAAGCAGCUCAUACGAGUCCUACGACGAGGAGGAAGUGACCAGGGGGAAGUCGCCAUCAGCUCAGCACCAGUGGCCGUCGGCAGAGGCGUCUAUUGAGCUGAUGAAAGAUGCUCGCAUCUGUGCUUUCCUGUGGAGGAAGAAAUGGCUUGGCCAGUGGGCCAAACAGCUUUGUGUUAUCAAAGAACAUCGUCUGCUGUGCUAUAAAAGCUCCAAGGAGCAAACACCUCUGCUGGAUGUGAGUCUCUUGGGCUGCAGUGUUGUCUACAAAGAGAAGCAGCUAAAAAGGAAAGAGCACAAGCUGAAGAUUAUUCCAGUGGGAGGGGAGGCCAUUGUGCUGGGCUUGCAGAGCAAAGAGCAGACUGAGCAGUGGCUGAAGGUUAUUCAAGAGAUCAGUCCCAAGCCAGCCGACAACUGUGACCCACAGCACACUGUGUCUGACUCACCAAGGCUUAUUUGUACUAAGGGGGAGCUGAGUGAGAGACACUCGGUGGCUUCGGAGAGCGGCAGCAGCACAGACAGCCAUGCUGAAACGUCAGAAAACAAAGAUGUGAAGAAAAAAUAUGGUGCAGGUUUAAUGUUCAGCAACCUAAUGAACAUCGGCAAGAAAAAAACCUCCGCACUAGAGAGCCCAGAGAAAUGUGUUGACACCUCAGGCUACCUCAAUGUACUGGUGAACAGUCAGUGGCGGACCUGCUGGUGUCUUAUAAAGAAUGGACAGCUGUGGUUUUACCAAGACAAGGGCAAGAACAAAGUGACCCAACCUGCUGUGACCCUAGAGGGCUGCAGUGUUUUGCCUGACCCCAGCCCUGAGCACCUGUACUCCUUUCGGAUUGACAUGGAUGGCACGCAGAUGGCAACUCUGGAGGCUAAGACAUCAGCAGAUAUGGGUCACUGGCUGGGACUCCUGCUGUCACAGACAGGAUCCAAAACGGAUCCAGAGGAGCUGACAUACGACUACGUCAAUGCUGAGAGGAUCUCCACUAUCGUCAAUGCUGCAAAGACUUCCUUAUACUUGAUGCAGAGGAGGUAUUCAGAGCCAAACACCUACAUAGACACCCUACCUUCUAUUUCUCACAACUCUGAUGAACUGUACGAUGAUGUGGCCUCUAUAGCUGAUCCAGAGGAUGCUGAGGAGAAUAGCCCAACAAACUGUGAGGACAACAAUCUCCAGAAAGAUAAUGAAACAUGCUCACAAGAUGCCAAGGACCCAGAGGGUACAGAAGAGGACCCUGAAAACAGAAUUUAUCUAGACCUUGUUCCUGUGCGCUCCUUCCUUCAUACAUCCUCUGGAGGUAAAGUCUCCCCUGCCAAAGAAGCUUCAAGACAUUCCCCAGUACCAGCAGAGGACCAGAAGGACUCCUCAUCUCAAGUUAAAGAGGGGAUGUCAAGUAACCACUCUGAGCCAGAGUCAACACCUGCAUUAAAUGGGACAAAUUUGGUCUCUGCUGCUGGCAAACCAGAACAAGAAGGAGCCCAGAUUCCCACUCCAUCACAGCCGCAAACUCAACCAGUCAAGACCUCAUCCCAAAGCCAAGAGACCACUAAGAAGACAAGCCUGGGAAUCCCACAGGCCUUCAACUCUUUCGGUGCACACAUCCACAAGGGUCCAACAUCUCAUCCUGCUGCUGCGAGUCCUCACAGCCCACAGCCCCUGCGGCCCAAGGCACAUACCAUAGGGUGUUCCAGUGCAGUUGAGGUAAAACUGGGUAAGAACCGCACAGAGGCAGACCUGCGGCGCUACAUCGAUGAGCGUGAUCUUCUGGAGAAAGAGAGGGAGGAGGUGAAAAUAAGCUUGGCAAACCUCAAGAAAGAGAAGAGGGAAAUCAAAGAGGAGCUCAGCGCCUGCCAAGAUCCCAAGCAGCAGGCCUCAGUAGAAGCCCGUUUGAAGCAGAAGGAGGAGGCGUGCCGAGAGGCAGAGCAGCACAGGGUGGAGGUGGAGCUACAGCUGGUACAAGUGAAAGAAAAUCUGAAGAAAGUGGAGUCGGGGCCUUUCACACUGGGAACUACACUUGACAGCAGCCUCCAGGACUCACCAGUGCCUAAAGCAGCAACGACAGGCACUCCCCAAGUAUCGUUAUCAUCAUCGCCAUCAUCAUCUUCCCAACCCUCCAACAGCAACGUGAAUGCAGAUUCAGCUUCUCCAGUCAAUUCUGCUUCCGCUCUUAAAGCCAGACCCACCUCCAUGAUGACCACGAAAGGCAAAGUCCUACAGAAAGCCAAGGAAUGGGAGAAGAAAUCAACAACCUAAGAGGAAAUCUUCUUUGACUUCUAUAAAUUUGUAAGUUUCCAUGGGUCUAGUCACCAGUCACAUCUUCUGUUUUUGCAAGGAACCAUUGAGUGAACAGACCAGACAUUUAAAUCGAGAUCCUCCCUUCCCCCGGGUCCUUCAUCCAAACCACCACCUUGCCAAUACUAUGAUGAGCCAAUCCCAGAGAGGCACACACUGUGUUCUUGGAUACCACUGGAUAUAAUCUUAAUUUCAAUGACUUUUUGAAGCUUUUUUCUAUUUGCAAAGGGAGGAAAUUGAUGUAGUAGCAUUUUGGCCAGUGUAAGAAAACCAUUGUCAUCUUUAAACAUUGAAACAAUUAAUUUAAAACCACUGAUUGGGGUUUUAACUUGGUAAGUUUGAGACAGAUGCCCACUUACUAAAUCAGCCAUUCUGUACACAGAUUGUAGCUUGGUUCAUAUAUGCUGGUAGCCAAGAUGUAAAUAUAUUUACACCAUUAUUCAGCCUUUUGGCUUGUAUUGCUAGCUAAAAAUGCACUUUUUAUUCAAAUAAAAAUAU